AUGAUUCAGGAAAGACUAUGUUAUCUGAAAGGUAAGUUUUUCAUUUGCUUUGUUUUACAUUAUCUUUUAUUUUCUUUGUUAUCUUUUAUAUUAAUGUAAUAUUACUGUUUAGACCGAGUAGCAGAGAUUGUGGAGUACUCAGAACACAUUCAGCUCUUUAACAACCCCCUAUUUUGCGAUUUCAAAGUGAAAUGCUACUCCGAAACCUUCUAUGUAAGUCAAUUUGUCUUGUUUUUUGUUAAUUUAGGUAUGAUUUUGAUUGUAUUUCUUAUGUUCUUUUGCCGUUGGGUGUUUUCCGUUCCUUUAGAUAUUGUUUUUGAUGUAAAAGAAGACUUUUCAAUUACCAUUAGUUUACUUUUUGUUAUUUUAGGUAUCAAAGUGUUGCAUGGCUCAAAAGUCUCCAGUUUUUGCAUCAAUGUUUACAUCGGGAAUGAAAGAAGCUAUAAAUGGUGAACUUGAGUUGCACGAUGAUGUAGAUACAGUAAAAGCCAUGUUAUUAUUUAUUCAUCAUAACAAAAAGGUUAAGGAUAUUGAUCUGGCAAUGAAAGUGAUCCAGUUGGCUCAGCUAUACGACAUUAAGCUUCUACGAGUAUGUUUUUUGAAGUUUUUUAUAUUUUUUUCAAGUUUAAGGACUAGUUUUUAAGGUUUUAUGGUUCUUCAUAGCCUAAUUCUUCUUCAUCACGUUCACAAUAUAUGACACGUGCAUUAGUUUUGUGAUUGGCUAGUCAGUCAAAAACAGCGAAUUCUUGUCUGAAAGCGCGCAGAGAAAAAAAGUCGUUGUUCUCUUCGCGGCGAGAGAGCAUGGUCUCUUCUAUCUUUUCAAACAAGAAAUUCGGAAUUCUUGUCUAAAGCCGUUUUAGACAAUGACGGGCGUUUUCUGCCGAACUAGGUAAUCACAAGACAAAUGCACGUGUCAUAUAUGUUCAUUUUAGGAGCAAUGCGAACUCUUUUUGAUGCAGAACAUUCAGUCGGAUCGUGCAGAAGAGUGUCAAACACUGGCCAAAAGUCUGGACAUGGGUGUUUUGGCUUUCAAAUGUCUUGAAAUCACUUACUCCAACUUUGAAGUAUCGGACAUUAACAUAGAGAAGGACAGCGUAGAUGAUGUGAGAAUGGUAAAGGAGGUGUUUUUCAAAGACAAUGAAAGGAUAGGGAACAUGAGAAAUUUUUCUUUGAAAGGCGCGGAUAGAUUUGUGCUGCAUUUGCAUAAUCAGACCAACUUCAACGUGAAGUUUUGCUGUGGAUUUGAAGGUUUUAACUUCCGAGUUUAUGAGGUUGAAGCGGAGUCUGAUGUGAAGCAUGUUGUUAGAGUAAACAGGCAAAAGAUGAAGUUGGACCCGUCGCAAAAGACGCUGCCAUUUUACGCAAAAGUCUUAUUUCGAAGAGGAGGUCAGUGCGAUUUUUGUAAUUGUUGUUUUUGAUCUACUUACAUUGUUGGAAGUUACUAUUUUAAAUAACUAACAUAUUUUUACAUUUUUUAACGUUCACAAUCUUGUACUGUUGAUACUUGUAAAUAAAUUAUUUUGUAUUGUAACUAUAUUGUUUUUCAUGAAUUGUGGAGCUGUCAUACCUCUUUUCAGUAAUUUUAAAGGUAUGUUAGAGGUGAAAAUAUACGCAGCGAAGCAAUAUAUUAAGGAUGAUAUCAAAAUUUAUUGACCAAUAGAAAAGGGCAACGUCUGAUCCAGGCGCAUUUUGUAAUUUGUGAACGAAUGGGUAGUGCUAAUUGCAUGGGGACUAUGGCAAAUCGGUUGCUCAGCCUACACAGGCUUCCGACUACGACCUGAAGUCUUGAGGAGCACCAUCACGACUCGUUAG